CCCGAAGAUCUUGUUCCGCUCUGCGCUAACGGGCACAUUGCUUCGUGUAUGUGUAUAUAAAUACAAGAAGAUUAGUGCAAAAUUGUUGUUGUUAGUUAUAGUUUUUUGGCCGCCGUGUGCUAGCAAAUGCAUUUUAUGCCCCGGCCCGCGCACUUUGGCACUACAUGUUAACGGAUUUCAGGCUGGCGUGGAACGAAUUGGGCUGGAAAGCGCAACGAGCUGAUGACAAUAUUGGCUAAGGUUUAAUGGAUGACACAUCAGCACCAUGGGAAAGUUACUAUCAAAAAUUUUCGGCAACAAGGAAAUGCGAAUUCUCAUGCUCGGACUGGACGCGGCUGGAAAAACAACGAUUCUGUACAAACUGAAACUUGGCCAAUCUGUUACAACGAUACCCACUGUGGGCUUUAAUGUGGAAACCGUCACCUAUAAGAAUGUCAAGUUCAAUGUGUGGGACGUCGGUGGGCAGGAUAAGAUUCGACCGCUAUGGCGACACUAUUACACGGGUACACAGGGUCUGAUCUUCGUCGUGGAUUGUGCGGAUCGGGAUCGGAUAGACGAGGCGCGCACGGAGCUGCAUAGGAUAAUUAACGAUAGGGAGAUGCGCGACGCCAUCAUACUGAUAUUUGCUAACAAGCAGGAUCUGCCUGAUGCAAUGAAACCCCAUGAAAUCCAGGAAAAACUAGGUUUAACUAGAAUAAGAGAUCGCAAUUGGUAUGUACAACCAUCAUGUGCCACAUCCGGCGAUGGCCUGUCCGAGGGCCUCAUUUGGUUAACGUCGAACCAUAAGUUAUGAGAAUCGUAAUCGAGCAUUUUCUUAUAUGUAUGUAUAUGGCAUGUAUUAUUCGAAGCGAAGCAAAAGCGAAAAUAUUCUAUUUUAUUUAUACAAAGAAAACCAACCGCAAGCGCAUAGUAAAAACUCAAUUCGUAAAAACGAACGUACAUAAAUUACAAAUGUUAAAAAUGGUAUAUAGAAGUCAGAUAUAUAUAGUAAUUAUAUAUACUCUCAAUUAACCAACCAAUAUUCUCACUAGUAAAAAUACACAUACCUACAAAAUAAAAGAAGCAUCAAAAUAAGCAGCCGGUAAAUAUCCGUAAAGUAAAUUAUGCGUGAAGCACAGAGACAUAAAGCAAAACAUCAACGGAGAUUAGCCUUAAGUAAGUUUUUCUUGUAAAUUAUAUUGAUGAGACACGUAAGCAAUAAGUUGAAAGCUUGUUUAUUGCAACUGUUACUAUAUUUGACUUGAGCAAGGGUGUAACGAGUCUUAAAUAAAUUGUAAAUAAAUAUUCAAAUUAAAGCCCAUAUACAACAACAAACGAAAUAAAAGAAAACACCGAACAAACAAUUGAACAAACCUAUAGAUUGCUAUUUAGAUUAAAACUGAGUCUUCAAAAUAUAAUGAAAUAGUAACUGUGCCUUCCUCAAUGUGUGUCUAUGAUCCCUCAUUAUUUUCCCCACUCCAACAGCUAAUUUUCUCAAUCUGAUAUCCUUCGAGACGAAGAAGGUCCCUGGAUUUGCGAGAAAGGCAUAUUCUGACUUCAGUGUCAAACGCAUUUGGUUUGUAUUGUGCGCUCAAUUUGAAAGGUAAACAUGCCACAUUCAGUGCCAUAAUUUGCAGGGUAAAUGAGCCUGGGUAUACCUGAGCAUGAUUUGUUCAACACGGCGUUCAAUAAUUUACCUUUGUUUUGCAAUCAUCCCCGAAUUGUCCGAAAAACUCCUUGGUACAUCCUUGCAUGAAUAAUAUAAUUUAUUUUUUGUGGGUGUAUGUCUUGUUUUAUACCUUUACCGUUUUUAUCAAAACCAACCUAUUCAUAAUACCCCGUAAUAUCUCAGUAUCUAAGAUUUUUGUUGCUGAAUUAUAAUUAUAAAUUUUAAGUUAUGAAACAAAUCAUAGGUUUCAAAGUUAUUUUCUGUAAAUAUGUUUUUGUAUUAUUAUUGUAU